AUGGAUGCUGCCGGCGAGGGCGACAGCGGUGGCAUGUGUUUUCCCUACAACGUGCUCCUCGACAUCCUCCGACGUCUGCCUUGGCGCGACGUUGCUGCGUCCAAGUGCGUCUGCCGCUUGUGGCGCGACAUCCUCGACGACCACGGGCUCUCCCUCGAGCGCUGCUUCCCCCGGCGAGCCUUUCCCGGCCUCUUCAUUAACAAGUUCGGGUGUGGGUCUGAUACGUCCUUCUUCGCCCCGUCGUCUACACGCUUUCGACUCCCCUUCCAUCUGGACGACGACACCACCGUAUGCCAGUCCUGCAACGGCCUCCUACUUCUCGACAAGUGCGGCCACCACUACGUGCUCAACCCGGCGACGGCACGAUACACACAUCUGCCGCGCCCGACAACUCCGUGGUGCAGCUUUGCCGCGUCCCUCGCCUUCGACCCGGCCGUGUCGCUGCACUACCAUGUGUUCCUCUUUCAGAAGGGCGGCAUGCUCAAGGUGGAGGAGCAAGGCGAUGUUCCGCCGCUCGAGCAAGUGCAAGCGGAAGGGGUCGAGGAGCCAACGGAAAAGUUGUUGUCUAUGCUAGUGUACUCAUCCCGUACAUGUCAUUGGGAGAACCGAGAGUUCGCGCCUGGACGCUGCGCCCCGGGGCACCUCUACGACGUGGUGGCCAAACCACCCAAGAGCUACGGGGGAGCCUUCUGCUCAUGUGAAUACUGGCGUGAGUCGCUGUACAUGCACUGCCACAACAGCGUCCUCUUGAUCCUACGCCCUACAGAGGGGACUUAUGAUAUGGUCCAACUCCCUGGCGAAACCUGUAGGGCAAAGAGCUUGUAUGACCUGCCUAGAAAUUCUGUCUUAGCAAGCUAUGAGAGAGGGGUACACUAUGUGGCGUCCAGCGGUUCACUACUCCGUUUAUGGAUGCUAACCGAAUCAGUAGAUGGUCAACUAAGCUGGACAUUAGCACAUGACGCAAACCUCAACCUGCAUGCCCAUAUGAUUAGGACUAUUAAAACACAAUUCGAGGUGACAUGGGCGAUUGUUGAAAGCACCAAUGGGCCAGUCAGUUUGACCGACGAUGACGUGGAGGAUGAAAAGGAGAACGAAAGUGAUGGAGAUGACUCUGAAUACUCUUGGGACUCCGACGAGGACAAUUUCAUCGAUGUGGUCGAACGUGCUGGCCACCAUGAUAUGUCCAUAAGGGAUGUCUCCUGCGAUAUUAUGGGAUUCCACCCAUAUAAGAAUGCACUCAUUCUCAUGCUUAACGGCACGGUGGUAGUGUACCAUCUCGACACGUUAAGGAUGCAGUAUCUAAGCAACUAUUACCAGCUCAUCAAAGACACGGUGCAAGCAGGUUGCGGUGUUUACGAUUCAUUUACUUAUCGACCAUGCUAUGAGGACGUGCUCAUUGAGAAAUUUUCCAUGUCAUCUUAG